GUGAGCCACCGUGCCCAGCCAGCUAUGGGAUAAAUUAACUGAGGUGGAUGGUGGAGUUGAUCAUGUUAUAUCCAUGCUAUGAAAUAUAUAGCUACUAAUAAAUUAGACUUUAUUAGAUUCUGAGAUUAUUGACCUGGAAUUUAUAAUACAGCCUUAGGGGAAAACAAGUUGCAUUAUAUAUGCAUUAUAUAUAUACAUAUAUACUUCUUUUCCUCAUUUUUGUUUAUAAGAAAAAAGUGGAGGAAACCUUAAACACUUGUAUGAAUAUAUAUUUGUAUAAGCAGAGAAAAGCAUAAGAAAGAAUAUGCACCAAACAAUGCUGGUACCUUUGGGAGAGGGAGAUUCGAAAGUAGGAAGGAGAUUACUUAUUUAUCACUAACAUUUUAAUUAAGGAGAAAAAAACAAAAUGAGCUGCAAUGGAAAAAUUUGAAGGGUCAACAGAAAACAGGGACCUUAAUCUGAAUAGUUUCAGAGGACUAAGACUGGCUUUUAAUAACAGAACUGAUUUCCAGCAGAAAUCAUUUAAGUCUGCCCCUGCACUGAUUUCCUGGGUUUAUUGUUUAAUUGUGAUGUGUGUGCUUGAUAAUCUCCUUAGACUGAAGACUAAUGCCCAAAUAGGUUAAAAUGUGUAGUGCUUGGUAUUUCUUUUUGUUUUGCUAAUAAGCUUUUCCCUUAUUCUGGGAAUUAAAAUCCUUUCCUCUUUAGCCCAAUUAAAUUUGUUAAGGGAGGGCCUCUAUGAAAAGGCCCUUCUUUGAGGUCUCUAAGUGGAAAUGAUUGGUCCUGAAAGAUCUUUCCUCAGUAGCUCAUACAACAGUUCAUAAUUAUCAAAGGCUUAUUAUGAAGGGUGUCUCAGUAUCUUCCCUCCAAAAUGCUAAGAAAUAAUUUAGGCAACAGUUCAGACUCUAAAAGUGAAGAUGGCUCGGUCUUUUCACAGACUGAACACAAUAUUGUUGCAACUUACUUGGUUAUGGCAGGUAUGAUAAGUAUUCUCAGCAACAUAAUAGUUCUGGGCAUCUUCAUUAAGUACAAGGAACUUCGGACACCCACAAAUGCAAUUAUUAUUAACCUGGCUGUUACUGAUGUAGGGGUCAGUAGCAUUGGCUAUCCCAUGUCUGCUGCCUCAGAUCUGUAUGGAAGUUGGAAAUUUGGAUAUGCAGGCUGUCAGGUUUAUGCUGGAUUGAAUAUUUUUUUUGGAAUGGCAAGCAUUGGAUUACUCACGGUCGUGGCUGUGGACCGAUAUCUGACCAUCUGCCUUCCUGACAUAGGGAGGAGAAUGACCACCAAUACUUACAUCGUCAUGAUUCUGGGAGCCUGGAUUAAUGGCCUGUUUUGGGCUUUGAUGCCUAUUAUUGGGUGGGCUAGUUAUGCCCCAGAUCCUACUGGUGCUACCUGUACCAUAAACUGGAGGAAAAAUGAUAGAUCUUUUGUGUCUUACACCAUGGCAGUUAUUGCAAUAAAUUUUAUUGUGCCCUUGACAGUGAUGUUUUACUGCUAUUACCAUGUCACACUGUCCAUCAAACAUCACACUACCAGUGACUGCACUGAGUCCCUCAACAGAAACUGGUCAGAUCAGAUAGAUGUAACAAAGAUGUCUGUGAUAAUGAUCUGCAUGUUUCUGGUGGCAUGGUCCCCUUAUUCCAUCGUGUGCUUAUGGGCUUCUUUUGGUGACCCAAAGAAGAUUCCUCCUGCCAUGGCCAUCAUAGCUCCAUUGUUUGCAAAAUCUUCUACAUUCUACAACCCUUGCAUUUAUGCGGUUGCUAAUAAAAAGUUUCGGAGGGCAAUGCUUGCCAUGUUAAAAUGUCAGACUCAUCAAACAAUGCCUGUGACAAGUAUUUUACCGAUGGAUGUAUCUCAAAAUCCACUGGCUUCUGGAAGAAUCUGAAAGGAGAGAAAAGGACAUACUAUCAAAACACUGUAGUUUUUGGCAAUGCUUUUAUUUUAAAUAUGAGUCAAUUUAGAUCAAAUGCAGACAUAGAUCGUUGUCCUGUUAGACUGUAAGUUCCUCAGGUGCACUCAUGCUUCUUUUGUUUGUGCCUUGGCUGCUGUAGUGCAUGCUAUGUCCUGAUAUGUCAACUUAUUGCUUAUCUCCUUUGAUGAAUUAGGAAUCUGAGGUUAAGGCCCCCUUUCUUUCUCCCUAUUAUGGCAUGCAUUACACUGCACUGAUGACCUUUAACUUUCCUGGCUCCUCCAUUGGAAUAGAAGCAGUCACCAAUUUAAUGUUAGAAUAAAUUAAUAGUAACAAUAAUAAUUAAUAAUUCUAGAUAAAUAUGAAAUGAUGUUGGAUGGUCCCCGUUAGAAUAGAAAGCAUUUUUGCAUUUCAACAUUUUAAUAUUUAAAUCAAUUAUUAACUUAUGUUAUUAAACAAAAAUAAUCAAAUGAACAUUAAACACGAUAGUUUCUAAAUAAAAUGUUAAGUCAAUUCAUAUAUAUAUAUAUAUAUAUAUAUAAUAUGGCAUUAUAACCUCUGUGCAUAUUUUUAUGUUUUCUGAAAUUUUUAUUAUCAUUUUCCGCAUAUCUACUCCAUGUAUUUGCCACCAGAGUUAACAUCAAUCAGAGUGGAGAUUUUUAUGUUUGUUCUUUGAUGGAUCCUUAGCACAUGUACUCAGUGCUGUCUGGUAUGUAGUAGGCAGUCAAUAAAUAUUUUUUCAAUGUUGAAUGAA